AUGUCAACAUUUGGAGCCAGUGAAGAUGGAGUACAGGAGAAGCCUAGGUUUUCAUUAACCAAAGCCGUGGAGGAUGUCAGUCAACAUGGCUACGCCCAGACUGAGGCCCUGAAAGACAAACAGAAGACACUCAUCUCCCUGCAGAGUGAGAAUGAAACUCUGAAGAAGGAGAUCUCUGAGAUGAGGGAGUCUAUAUCUGUCAAGAAAGCGCAAGUGCGAAAAGAGUUUUUAACUCAUACCCAGAUAAAGAAAGACAUAGAGAUCCAGAACAAGCGCUAUGAGGCCAUUGUGAAGCGUCUCCACUGCCAACUGAGCAGGGCCCAGGCUGUCCACAGGCAAAUGUCUGAGGAGGUUUACCACAUGGAGAGACAGCUAGCGGAGCUUAAAGGGCAGCGGGGGUCAUCUCAGGACUCAGCGGUCAGUGUCAGGCUAGUUUAA